GUGGUGGAGGCCCGGUUUUCCCUCGUGAUGCUGAUGGAGUUUUUCGACGAGUCCCUGAUCCUGCUGAAGGAGCUGCUGUGCUGGGAGCUGGAGGACAUCGUCUAUUUUCAGCUGAACAGCAGGGCCCUGGGCCUAGUCAGGCGCCUGGGGCCUGAGCUGGAGGGACUGGCCCUGAGCUGGAACCACCUGGACGCCCGCCUCUACCGGCACUUCAACCGCAGCUUCUGGCUCAAGGUGGACAGGUUCGGCCGCACCAGGAUGAGCUGGGAGCUGGCGGAGCUGAAGUGGCUGAACCAGAGGAUGGCCAAGGCCUGCCUGGACGGCCAAGGGCCCAUCGAGGCGUCCAGGAUCCGCCAGGCCUCGCACAGGCCCUGGCAGCCUGUUGGCAGCCGCGGCAUCGUGGGAUACCAGCUCCGGGAGGGCGUGGACCAGGCCCACAGGGACCUCUGCGACUCCAUGCUCACCCCCGAGUUGCAGUACAUGGCCAGGCUGGGUGUCAACCUCUGGAGAGUGAGGCUCUGGGCCUGGCUGAGGGACCUCUUCGACUGGUAAGAGGCCGGACUGAGCCCAGGCCCCCCGGGGGGUGGGGGGGGGUGUGUUGUGGACAGAGCCCACCUCCUUCAGCCGCACUCCCAUGGCGUCAGGAGCAGGCCUUGAGCCUGACCUCAACCCCCCCCACACACACACAAAACCUGCUGAGGCCUCUCCAUCCUCCCCUCCCCUGCCACAGGAAC